UAUCCUGUGUUCACGCGUCCUCGGUCACACUCUGUUGCAGUUGUCGCUUCUCCUUACUCAGCUGUUAGUUAAAUGUGAACGAUUUUAAAUAAAUAUCAUCUUAAUUGUAAAGUUUCUCAAAUAUUAUAUACCAGAAUGUCUCACAUUGUUGUUGUUACUACUACAACCACAACAACAACAUCCACUCCGGAUGGAGGAUUUUGCAACCUCGGUUAUGCGCGUUCAUUUCAAGGAUUACUGAAAAUCGGCCAAGUGGUGAUUCUCCUGAUCGCUUUCCUUUGUGUGCACUGUGAGGAUCGGUGGAUUGAAAACUCUUCCUUCAACUACUUUGAGGUGGUCACUGCUUGGUUUCUCGUCGUCUUCUCAGUCUUCUUCCUCAUGCAUUUGUUUCGACUUCAAAGCAAAAUCACAUGCAUCAACUGGAUGUUGACGGAGUUUUUACAUUAUGCUGUGGGAGGAAUCCUGGUCUUUAUCGCCUCAAUAGUUGUAGCUGUGAAGAGUUAUGGGGUCUCAGCUUUGAUCGCUGGAUCUGUGUUUGGCUUUAUAGCUACUUUUCUUAUUGCAAUCAGCAUAUGGACUUCUUAUAAGGUCACAUGUGGCUCUCAACCAACUGGUGCUGCAGUGUAACCGGAUGGAAGAAACUGUCUUAUCAGCUGGAAGUAGCAAGAACAAUUCUCAGUUUGUUCUGGACUGGAGAGAUAAUGAGUUCUUUAAGGACAUUAAAGGGACAUUUUUGGUUGUUUUUGAAGGUGCUGUACACUUCAAGAGUGGAUUUCUUCAUCAAAACUUUAUUGCCUAAGUGAACUUAAUCGACUGGGAUCAAACUCAGAAUUUUUCAAGAGUAAGACUGGUUUAUUAUAAGAGUGGAUCUUUGGUAUGUUUGUCAACAAUGUCUGAAACUAAAAGGGGCCAUUUAUUCAUGAGAAUGUUUACAUUAUUUAUUUGACAGUAUAUUGUGUGAUCCGGAUUUGAUUCAGUGCCUGUGAUCAAAGAAUAUUUUAAUUGAAAUGAGGUGUUCAAGAAGAACUGAUGCUGACACACAGUAUUAUUAUUACUAUAAUUACACGAGUUGACGUGUAUUUUUGCUUUUCCCAGUAUCUCUAUAUAUGAUAUUAUGAUAUGCAACUGUAAAAUUUUAAGAAUGUAUUUUUGGCUUUCUAAAUGUGAGUCCCUUUGUUUUAUACACUGUGAUAAAAGAAAAAGUCUCCUUA